AUGAAGAUUGAAUUCGCUCCUUUCUCCGUCCCUCUGGAGAGGAGACUCCAGACGGCUUCAGUCCUCCAGUGGGUCUUCAGUUUCUUGGGACUAGCGCAGUGUUGUAUUACCAUCUUCAUCGCCCUCCUCUUCACUCGCUUCUGGUUGAUCAGUGCGCUCUAUGCGCUUUGGGUGGCCAUUGACUGGGAGACGCCAAGUAGAGGCGGGAGGAGAAGCCACUGGAUGAGAAACUUGGUCGUCUGGAGAUACAUGAAGGACUACUUCCCCAUCACGCUGGUGAAGACGGCGGAGCUGGAUUCCACAAAGAACUACAUCUUUGGCUUCCAUCCCCAUGGGAUCCUGGUGGCUGGCGCCUUUCUCAAUUUCUGCACCGAGGCAACAGGGUUUUCCAAGACCUUUCCAGGACUAACCCCUCACCUGAUGAUGCUGAGCAUCUGGUUUAGAGUCCCUUUCUUACGUGACUACCUGAUGAGCGGAGGUUUAAUCCCCUCUGACAAGGAAACGGCUUCCUACAUUCUCAGGAAGCCCGGAGGUGGGAAUGUGCUCACCAUUGCUGUAGGAGGUGCGCGUGAAGCCCUGGAUGCGCGGCCUGGCGCUUUUACGCUGAUGCUGAAAAACAGGAAGGGGUUUAUCCGACUGGCCAUAGAGCAUGGGACUCCACUUGUCCCCGUGUUUUCCUUUGGAGAGAACGAGCUGUUUGAUCAAGUAGAGAACCCCAGGGGAUCCUGGCUGAGGUGGACGCAGGAGCGCCUGCAAAAGGUUAUGUGGAUCUCCCUCCCUCUCUUCCAUGCCAGAGGGGUCUUCCAGUAUAGCUUUGGGCUGCUUCCCUACCGGCGGCCAAUCUACACUGUGGUUGGAAGAGCCAUUAAAGUGGAGAAGAAGCACAACCCAAGUGAAGAGGAGGUGGACGAGCUACAUGAGAAAUACGUGGAGGAACUGAGCAAACUCUUUGAGGAGCAUAAACUGAAGUACAAUGUCCCAGAGGACAAGCAUCUCUCUUUCAUAUGAAAAUGGAGAAUAGUUAAGUUCCCCCUGUUCACACUGGGCUGGAUCCAAAGAACGGUGAAUGGAAGGAAAGUAAGUAAUAAUGCUGUCCCAGAAGGGCUCGGGCAAGAAUCGGUGCAGUGCAGUAACAGGUACAUUCUGUAGGAAUGUACACAAAACCACUUGGCCCAGUUUGGUUUGAGUUUGAACUGAACUCGAACUGUACCAGGUCUGUGCAGUUUUGGCCCCCUUCGACCCCCGCCCCGGUUUGGUCUGGGCGGGGUUGAAGAGCCUUUAAAAUUUAUUAUUAUUAUUAUUUUUAAAACUUACCCCCUCCGGGUGGCUUCUCCAAGGUGGUGGUGGUGGUGGUGGUGGGGUCCGCGGAGGUUCCUCCUCCCCCUGCCGGCCUUCUGGACUUUAAAACUCACCCGGUUCGGGAGUCUUUGGCCUUUUCUGGGCCUAUUCCCUUGCACGGUGGCCAUUUUGGAGGCCUCUUUGCCUGUGCAGUGGGACCCUGCAUGACUCAUCAAGCCAAACCGGGGUGUGUGUGUGUGUGUGUGUGUGGCUUGACCCUGAACAUUCAAACUGAAGUGGUUCUAUGUCAAACCGGUUCAGUUUCAAGCCUGUUCACACACACCUGACGUUCUAUAACAACUCUCACACCUCCACAUUACAAGAAGUUGUGCAAGGGUGAUGACAUCCUUGGAUUUAGGUCCAAAUUUCUCACUCAUUACUCUAAUACAAAGCUCUAGUACGAACCAUCCUACACCCUUCCAUGAGCAGAAUACGCCUUCCAUAAACAGAAGGGCACCUUUGGAUCCAACCUACUGGGUUUUGGCCAUCAGAAAGACUGUGAGGUUAUUCACAUGCGUGUGCAAAACUGGGCUAAGGGAGCCUGGCCCAGUUUUGUACACAUAUGUGAACCACAGGAAUCGGGCCUGGGUCCGACCCGGCCAUGCAGGUUCCUACUGCGCAGGUGCGGUGGUCUCCAAAAUGGCCACUGCACCGGGGAAUAGGCCCGGAAAGGUCCAAAGAUGCCCAAACCGGGCAAUUUUUACAAAAAGGAAUGCCAGCAGGGGAAGGGGGAACCUCCGCAGACCGCCCCUGCCACCUCAGAGAAGUCCCCUGGAGGGGGUAAGUUAAAAGAAAAAGAAUUUUCUUUAAAAAGGCUUGACAACCCCCUGAACUGGAGGUGUGUGUGUUCAGUCCGGGGUUCAGCUGAACUGGGGAUGGUUCAGCUUGACCUCGAACCUUUGAACCAAACCGGUUCGAUAUUGAACCAGUUCAGAUUCAAACCUGUUUGCACACACCCCUAAGAGCAGCUGUCCCAAUCCUGCCCUAGCACAUCAUCCUUCCAGUGGCUGCUGCUAGUGUCUUUCUUAUAUUUCUUUUUAGAUCGUGAGCCCUUUGGGGACAGGGAGCCAUCUUUAUUUAUUUCUGUUUCUCUAUGUAAAUUGCUUUGAGAACUUUUGUUAAAAAGCGGUAUAUAAAUAUCUGUCGUCAUCUCUGUCGCUAGUAGACCCAGCUUUGUUUUUCCUUCCCAGAUGAUCCUCGGUCAUCUGUGGGAUGAGCUGCCAGAGACACAUGGAGUCUCUGCUUGUGUGUUUGGAUCAGGGUAACCAAUCUUCCCUCCCCCAAACCAUCCCCGGACAAUUGCGUGUAUGGCCUCAUUGUUUUCACUGUCUAACAGGAUGCAGUUUGUUGUAUGGUGCACUUCAUCUUGUGGGUUUAGGAUGAUAUUUAAUUGCUGUUUACUGUUUUAUUUUGAUUGUAACCUUCUCAGGUCAGAGAUUAUUUCACUAUCCCUCUGUAAAGUACCCAUAUCCAUUGUGAGCCCUACGUUGAUAAUAAUAAUUGUAACCAUAUUUUCAUGGAAUUUGUUUUUGUAAGCUACUUCAGCAGCCUAUUUCUGGCCAAAAAGCA